AUGGAUUCUGCCGACUCUAUCCCAGACGCGGCAUGGUCACUCCUGGAUAGUCUGGCUGCCAUACCGUUAUGGCAAUGGACGCUCGCUGCAGUGCUCAGCAUCUUUGGUGUCUUCGCUCUGCUCUACGUUGCUUUUGCCCUCUUCGCUCCGCUACCUAGGCCGCCCAGAACAUCCGAGAAGCAGUUCGUCACUGUCCUACCCGACGGAAAGGUGUCAACGCCCGAACCCUUGCCAUGCUGGUACGAUCACUUCACCGCCGCUCGGGAAACGGCGCGCCGAGGCUCGGGUGGAGGCAAGGAGGCAUACCGAAUCGAUGAGGGGGAAGUGUUUAUGAGCGUGGUGGUGCCUGCGUACAACGAGGAGAAGAGAUUGACGGGGAUGUUGGAGGAGGCUGUGGAGUACCUUCAGAAGCAGUACGGCACGCGCUCGCCGGCGGGCAAAGGCACGGGGAACGGGCAUGUGCGAGCUCACGAGCGGCCGCGUGCAGGCUGGGAGAUCCUCGUGGUGAGUGAUGGCAGCACGGAUAGGACGGUGGAGACUGCGUUGCAUUUUGCAAAGACACAGAGCAUUCCCACUGGGAGUAUCCGCGUUGUGCGUCUCGAGGAGAAUCGGGGCAAGGGCGGCGCGGUCACCCAUGGCAUGAGGCACGCGCGAGGUUCAUAUGUGGUGUUUGCCGAUGCAGAUGGCGCGAGCAACUUUGACGACCUAGGCAAGCUGGUCAAAGCAUGUGAGGACGCAGAGGACAAGCAAGGCAGAGCUAUUGGCAUCGGGUCAAGAGCGCAUAUGGUAGGGUCCGACGCGGUGAUCAAGCGCUCACUCCUCCGGAAUACACUCAUGCGGGCAUUUCAUCUCCUCAUCCGAACCCUCACAACUACCGAGACCGGCCAAAUCAAGGACACGCAAUGCGGCUUCAAGCUGUUCACCCGCCCUGCAUUGCCCUACAUCGUCCCUUACAUGCAUUCGGAAGGGUGGAUCUUCGACGUGGAGAUGUUGAUGCUGGCGGAAAGCUCGCACAUCCCCAUGGUAGAGGUGGCGAUCGGGUGGCACGAAGUCAGCGGGAGCAAGCUAAACGUCAUCAAGGAUAGCAUUGGCAUGGCGAUUGGGCUGGCGAUGCUACGGGUUGGCUGGGGCCUUGGGAUCUACCGGCUGGAUUGA